CGCCUCUGCAAAGCUUGACCACUUAAUUUCCUCUGAGGAAGCCAGCGACAUAUCUGCCUUACUUCUUACAGGCUCACUCUGUCAUGUCAACUGACCCAUUUAGAUAUCUCUCGUUCAGUUUCGUGCACGAGUGGGUUCCUGCCUCCAAUUCUCCCUCACCGCGACUCGUUCUCACCCUUGAGCCACACACGCUUCGCUGCCUAACGACUUGACUCAUGCUACCAGAAGUCUCCCAAAACCCUUCUAGACCAGGUGCAGCUGUGAUGGCGCCAAUCAGUCCGGAAUACAGCCCACUCACACUCGAGAACCUAACGAGGCUUCAAAUCGCACCUCCAAAUCUGGAAGCAUAUCUCAGUACUCCACAGGACUUUGAGAAAGUACUCGUUGGAAAGAUGACGUGUAAGACGGGCAUGGUUGAUGUGUUGAGAGCCUGGGAUCGGCAGUGGGAAAAGGCGGCGAGAAAUUCAUAGGGCAGCUCGAAUGGGCAGUACGUGUGGGGAGAUGAAUUUGGACUUUCCUAUUGAUUUUUGGAGUAAAUCUAAGGAGAAAACCUCUGGUUCUUUGCAGUUUUGGGUAAUCUUGAUGGAGGCUGGGUAAUCGCGGAUGUUCAAGAAGAUUCGCAUAUGAUAAGAAGUAACAAGAACAGCAAAGCUGAGCGGAUGCGUCUGAACUUUAAGAUACAGGGGUAGUGUGAGAUAACGCAACAGGAAC